GACGGAGGGUUAGCCCAGAUCAGUGGAGUCAUGCGUCACACAGCUCUAUCAUGCUGGCAGCCGUUCCUGGGUCUGGCUGUGCUGCUUGUCUUCACAAGACCCACUGUGGGCUGCCCAGCCCGCUGUGAAUGCUCAGCACAGAACAAGUCUGUCAGCUGUCACCGAAGACGUCUGAUGUCCAUUCCAGAAGGCAUUCCCAUUGAGACCAAAAUCUUGGACCUCAGCAAGAACCGACUGAAAAGUGUUAACCCUGAGGAAUUCACAUCAUACCCAUUGCUGGAGGAGAUUGACCUCAGUGACAAUAUUGUCUCCAAUGUUGAGCCUGGAGCUUUUAACAAUCUCUUCAACUUGCGCUCCUUGAGGCUGAAAGGAAACCGUCUGAAGCUGGUCCCCCUUGGGGUGUUCACUGGGUUGUCAAACUUAACAAAGCUUGAUAUAAGUGAAAAUAAGAUUGUCAUUCUGCUGGACUACAUGUUUCAAGAUCUGCAUAACCUAAAAUCCCUGGAGGUUGGGGACAAUGAUUUGGUGUAUAUAUCACACAGGGCCUUCAGUGGGCUGAUUAGCCUGGAGCAGCUCACCCUGGAGAGAUGCAACCUCACAGCUGUACCAACAGAAGCCCUUUCUCACCUUCACAACCUCAUCAGUCUGCAUUUGAAACAGCUCAACAUUAAUGCACUGCCGGCAUACGCCUUUAAGAGACUGUUUCGCCUGAAAGACCUGCAGAUAGAGGCAUGGCCCCUCCUGGACAUGCUGCCUGCCAACAGUCUGUACGGUCUCAACCUGACUUCUCUCUCCAUCACAAACACCAACUUGUCUGCAGUACCUUACUCUGCUUUUAAACAUCUGGUUUACCUGACACAUCUCAACCUCUCUUACAACCCCAUCAGCACCAUUGAGGCAGGCAUGCUGUCAGAUUUAGUGCGUCUGCAAGAGCUCCACAUGGUGGGGGCACAGCUGCGCACCAUUGAACCACAUGCUUUCCAAGGGCUCCGAUUCUUACGCGUGCUUAAUGUGUCCCAAAACCUGUUAGAAACCCUAGAAGAGAAUGUAUUCCAUUCCUCCAAAAGCCUUGAGGUCCUCUGCAUCAACAACAACCCUCUGGCCUGUGACUGCCGUCUUCUUUGGAUUUUGCAGCGGCAGCCCACCUUGCAGUUUGGUGGCGAGCCACCAAUGUGUGCUGGCCCAGAUAGUGUCAGAGAGAGAUCAUUCAGAGACUUUCACAGCACAGCUCUCUCCUUUUACUUCACCUGUAAGAAGCCCAAGAUACAAGACAAGAAGUUGCAGUACCUGGUAGUGGAGGAGGGACAGACUGUGCAGCUGAUGUGCAAUGCUGAUGGAGACCCGCAGCCUAGCAUCUCCUGGGUUACCCCACGCCGGAGGCUGAUCACAGCCAAAUCAAACGGUAGAGCCACUGUGCUGGGAGAUGGUACUCUGGAGAUCCGAUUUGCCCAAGACCAGGACACCGGGAUCUAUGUCUGUAUUGCAAGUAAUGCAGCUGGGAAUGACACCUACUCGGCCUCCCUGACAGUAAAGGGGUUUACUUCAGACCGUUUCCUUUAUGCCAACAGGACCCCUAUGUAUAUGACAGACUCCAACGACACAAGUUCUAAUGGAACUAAUGCAAACAGCUACUCUCUGGACCUUAAGACAAUAUUGGUGUCCACAGCUAUGGGCUGUUUCACAUUCCUUGGAGUGGUUUUAUUUUGUUUCCUUCUUCUUUUUGUGUGGAGCCGAGGGAAAGGCAAACACAAAACCAGCAUUGACCUUGAAUAUGUCCCUCGCAAAAACAAUGGUGCUGUGGUUGAAGGGGAGGUUUCUGGACCACGAAGGUUCAAUAUGAAAAUGAUUUGA